AUGAGAGUUCACUUUGAUAUACCAUGGGACUUGCAUCCAGCUAGUUCUACUCCUAACCUUAUCUUAUAUGGAAAAUACAGUCGUUUUAUAUCAUUAGUAGCCCAUUUCUUCAGCGUUUGGGUGCAGUAAGUUAAAGAUAUGUUAUACCUUUAUUUAUUAGGUUGUUCAAAAAAUUCUGAGCUCAUUUUCAAAUCACAUUUUCAGGGUUGUGAAGCACAGAAUUAUUUAAAAAAACUUAAUAGUGUAACACCUAGUAACAACAGGCCAAAAUUGGUCUAUAGCGGAGGUUUUUAAUAAAAAAUCCUACCGUUCGACCCUAGUAACAUCUGUAUAAUGUGUUGUGUAGAAAAAUGAGUAUAAUAUAGUGCUUUUAGGGCUUACUUCAUUUUCGUGGCCAUAAUAACGAAGGAAUACAUGUUAAUCGUCUUUCCUGGAUGCUGCUUGAUUACCUACGGCUCAUUGUACUUUGGCAUCUUGGGCCAAUUCAAACACUUUAUCAUACCGGCUAUAGUCAGUGAUGUAAGUUGACCAUCUUAUUCUUUAAAGUGUUGUGUAAAUAGAAAUAAAAAAAAUUAAGAAUAGCCUUUUCCGAAAACUACAGCACCUUUAGCAAAGCUUCAGAAACUAUAUCUAAAAAAAUUAAAAUCUAAUUUCUAAAGAACUCGCCUUCCAGAUCCUCUCAAUAAUCGCCUACUCAAUUCAAAUCUACGUGUACAAAACUCUAUUAUCAGACGAGGAUCUCAAUACCACUCAUAUUACAGUAGCCUUAUAUGCCAGUCCAAUUGUGAUUGUUUUGAAAUUAUUCGCCUUUCUAGUAUUAUAUCGGUCGUAUCAUUUGAUUCAAUCUCCGCUUGAAGGCAAUCGAAUUGGAAUCGAGUACUUUAUCGUGUUCCUGGUUAUGCAUGGACUAUGUUUAGGGGUAUAUUUCGUUUAUGCCAAGUUUUAUAGAAACUCUUGGCCAUUUUCUAGUAAAGACAACAAAAAUGAAAAUUCAGCUUGA